AUGGAUUCAAUUUUAAAAACAGCAACAACGAUGCCAAUAAGUAUAUCGACAACAACAUCAUUAACAACGACAGAUUUAUUAUCAACUGAUAUAUAUGAUCCUCGUAUAACACGACCAUUUGCUCUAAUAUGUUUAUUUAUUGGUAGCAUUGGUAAUUCAUUAUCGUUUAUCGUAUUUUCACAAAAGCAGUUACGCGCCUAUUCCACAUUUCGUUAUUUAGCGUAUUUAUCAAUCGUUGAUUUAUUGGUACUUUAUUUAGGUUUAGGACAUCUCAUACUACACGAUUAUUUCCUAUUUGAUAUACGCGAACACAAUUUAUUUUUUUGUAAGUUUCACACAUUUUUAACUUAUGUAACAACGCAUUUAUCAUCAUGGAUAUUAACCAUGGUUUCAAUAGAUCGCGCUAUUGCGUGUACAAUUGUUCACUUAAGGAAACGUUUCAGUAGUCCGAAAUCAGCUGAUCGAAUAUUUAUCGCCAUGUGUCUAAUAAUCUCAUUAGUAAACAGUCAUAUCCUAUUUUUUAUGGGCUUUAAAGAGAGGGAAAUUCUCUCAUCAAAUAGCAACGUUUCAUCAUACAAAGAUAUUAUUGUUUGUACACAUAAUACAUCAACAGCCUAUUUUCAAUUUUUCGAAAAACCUUACAAUAUAAUUGACCUUUUCUCUUAUGUACUUAUUCCAUUUUUAAUUAUGUCGAUUUGUGCUGGCAUCAUAAGUUAUCGUCUAUUUUUUUCAUUAAAUAACGCUACCAUAAAAAUACUAGCUAAUGGUAAAACGCGUCGAGGAACACGUCGUGCAAAACAAAUUUCUUACAUGUUAUUUAUAUUAAAUAUCGUUUUUAUUCUAUUACUUGCGCCGAUUGCUCUAGGACAAAUAUUUGAAGAUCUUAAUCAAGAAUAUCGUUACCGUCUAUUUAAUUCUAUAACUUUAUCACUAUCAUAUUCUAAUCAUGCAUUGAACUUUAUUCUUUAUGGUGUAGCAUCACCCCAAUUUCGAUUAACAUUAAGACAAUUGUUAGGCAUUGUAAAUAAUGACCCAAGUCAAAGACGCAGAUAUACAUUAGGUUUGUAUACGUCAACGCGUUUGUAA